AUGGGAAUGGAGCAUUGGCAUGCCGGCGUGCUUCGCGCAGCCAACCAGCUCCCUGUCGUCAUGGCUGUUAUCCUUGCCGAUCUGGACCUGCAGAGCGUCAUCCACGGAAAGGGUCCAAGGCCUAUUCCCAACUUUCGGGCUGGCACUUACUUGGCUGCUCUCAUUGUUAGCACCGGUGGCCUUCUUUUCUCUCGUCCGAUGCACCACGCGAAUUAUAUGUUUCGACUGGCCACAGCACGCCCCAGCCCCGCAGAGCACAGCAACCACGGCAGUUUCGUCAACCGCAAUGACCCAGACCCGCUGUGGCAGAAGUACGGGCUGAACAAGUCAGACGAGUUCAAGUAUUUCCAUGAGCCAGGUCGUGACGACACCCUGGGCCACUAUGACUCGCGAUUUUUCCAGGGGGAGCCGGUUCCGGACGCGGAGCGAUCUAUCACAUUGACGCAUAUGAUCCGAGCAUAUCUGAACUUCUUUGAGGACAAUGGAUUGGAAACAUGGAUUGCGCAUGGGACAUUGCUGGGGUGGUGGUGGAAUGGCAAGAUCAUGCCUUGGGACUGGGACAUCGACACUCAAGUCAUGGAUACCACACUAUUCCAUCUCGCCGACCACUUCAAUCAGACCGUUGUCCAGUAUACCACUACCGACCCCGACGUCGAGCGCCGGUACCUCCUCGAUAUAAACCCGUGGGCGCGUCAGCGUGAUCGCGGCAUGGGACUGAAUAUAAUUGAUGCGCGCUGGAUCGACAUCAGCACGGGGCUAUACAUCGAUAUCACAGGGCUAAGCCGACUGACGGCCGAAAAGCCCACAGAAUGGGAGUGCAAGAAUGGGCACAAAUAUCAGACACACGAUAUCUAUCCACUGCGGAGAUCGACGUUUGAGGGCGUGCCAGCCAAGGUGCCAUUUAGGUACGAUGGGGUGCUAACAGAAGAGUAUACAAAGAAGGCGUUGACGAACACGCAAUUUCACAAUCAUACGUGGGAUGCGGAACUCGAAGAGUGGGUGCUGGAUGUGCCGGCCGCAAUGGACGACCGGCAGAUCGGAGUUCAGGGUACAGGCGGCGUUGUGGACAGUCAGCGUUCUGCAGAGUCAAUCUAG